AUGGAGGCAGCGACGGAAUCACUAGCAAAAGUGUUUUCCUCGUUGACACUACCUCAUCUCGAAGAAACCGCAGAAAAAGACCUUCUCAUUGGGGUUUCAUUUCUCACAGCAUUAUUCCAGGUGGAUUGGCAAUCCGCGUCUUUCAUAUUCCAGCAGGAUGGCGUACUCGAGUUAGCCAUGGACAGCGUCGACCUCAAUCCAUCCACCGAACUGUCUCUUCACGUCGCGCAUCUUCUCAGUCAAGCUUGCGGAUACAAACCCUGUCGAACCAUCCUUCCUCUUCAGACGACAAAAUGGCUUGAAUUCAUGUCGGGUCCGCCACGAAGCGCACCUGUCCGUGCUGCAGCUACGAUAGCCCUCAUCAAAUUGUCCAGAGGCAGCGUUUCAGACAAUGCCGACAUGACCGGGGGAAACAGUACUUAUAUUCACAAAAAGGAUGACGAACUUGCAGUUGCAAUGAAAACCAUGGUUGUAUCUGGUGGCGACCACUCUUCCAUCGCAGAUGCGGUCGAAGGUUUGGCGUAUUUGAGCGUGGAUCCUUUUGUCAAAGAAAUGCUGUCGCAAGAUUCAGAUUUCUUGAGGGCCCUCUUUGCGUCCGUACCCCGACGCAGACCUGUCUACAGCCUAGAGACACAAUCUUCCCUCAUAUACGGCGUCAUUCUUGUCAUAUCCAAUCUAUGUGCACAUCGACCGCAUCUGACCGAAGAGCAGAGUCAGAUGGAAAAAUUGAGACACAUGGGGAAAGCCAAUUCUCAGUCGAAUGGGGACUCUCCGCUGAAUGACGACAAUAAAGUCAAAGAGAGAAUACGGAAAUUAUUGGCAAAUGGCAUUCUGGAAGUUUUUCCGGCGGCGGCUUUGGCUGCAUCGGAUAGUCAGGGAAUACGCUUAGGAAUUGGAAAAGCAUUGCUUAGCAUCGUGGUUGAGAAAGAGAAUCGGGGCAAUGUUCUUCGAGCCGGCGGUGCUAAGGUCCUGACGAAGAUCAUAAAGUCGUCGGUGUCCUCUGCAGCAUCUACUAGUCAAGCCGCAGUCCUAGAUUCAGCUUACCUUGAAUCCAUACAAGCACUCUCCAAAUUGGCCAUCACUGCUUCUCCACUUCAGGUUUUUGGGCCGAACGAUGGUGCGAUAUAUGACAUCAUUCGUCCCUUCUCACUCGCACUCCAGCACUCCUCCACUUUGCUAUUGCAAAAGUUCGAAAUUCUCAUGGCUCUUACCAACUUGUCUUCCCACAGUGCAGAAGUGGCUUCUCGUAUAGCCGACAUGGAUGGAUUGCUUAACAGGAUCGAGCUGCUGCUUCUGGAAGACCAUAUUAUGAUCCGGAGGGCAUCGAUGGAACUGAUCUGCAACCUUAUAGCGGGGUCCGAGAAAGUCUUUGAGCGAUAUGGGGGCUCCACAAGCAGUGAUGGUGGCGUGAAGACAAAGAUUCAAGUCUUGCUCGCAUUGUCAGAUGUAGAGGAUGUUCCAACGAGACUAGCUGCUUCUGGUGCUCUUGCCACUGUAACAACGGAGUCAGGAGCUUGUCAGGCAUUUCUCGCCCUGCAGCGAGAACGACAUCGCGCAGUCCCGAUCCUUGCGCAGCUCAUCGAUCCUUCUACGGAUCCGAAGGCUGUGGAUGCUGAGAGUCAUCCAGGACUACUUCAUCGUGGGGUUGUCUGUGCUCGCAAUAUUCUUGCGCCAUCCAAGAAGGCGGGGAAGAAGGUAACUCCUGCCCCCAAGAAGGGUGGUGGCACAGGGAAGGUCGCCAAGGCCGACUGGAAAGAAGGCUUCAAGAAGAAGCAGGUCGGUGUUUCCGACAUGACCCUGCUCACGACCAUCAGCAACGAGAGUAUCAACGAUAAUCUUCAAAAGCGAUGGACCAAUGCUGAGAUUUAUACCUAUAUUGGCGCAGUGCUGAUCUCUGUCAAUCCUUUCCGCGACCUUGGCAUAUACUCUGAGGAUACCCUCCAAAAGUACAAGGGGAAGAACAGACUUGAGGUUCCUCCCCAUGUCUUUGGUAUCGCUGAAUCUGCCUACUACAAUAUGAAUGCGUACCACGAAAACCAGUGCGUUAUCAUCUCAGGAGAAUCUGGUGCUGGCAAGACAGAAGCAGCAAAACGUAUUAUGCAGUACAUCGCUGCUGUAUCCGGAGGGCAGGACAGCAGUAUUCAGGAGAUCAAGGACAUGGUGCUGGCCACGAAUCCCUUGCUAGAAAGUUUUGGCUGUGCGAAGACGUUACGGAAUAACAAUUCAAGUCGCCAUGGAAAAUACCUAGAAAUCAUGUUCAAUGCUCAUGGAGAACCCAUUGGUGCCCAGAUCACUAACUACUUGUUGGAGAAAGGACGCGUUGUGGGACAGGUAGAGAACGAGAGGAAUUUCCACAUUUUCUAUCAACUCACGAAGGCCGCGACGAGCGAGCAACGCGAGACUUUUGGUCUUCAGGGACCUGAAGCAUAUGCAUAUACAAGUCUCAGUAAUUGUCUGGAGGUCCAGGACAUUAAUGAUGCACACGACUACAGUGAAACUAUUAUAUUCCGUAUGUUAGCCAUCAUCUUAUGGCUUGGCAACGUUCAGUUCGAAGAGAAGGAGGACGGAAAUUCUCAAAUUUCCGACACAAGUGUCACGGAUUUCGUUGCAUAUUUGAUGGACGUCGAUGCCACAAACGUAGUCAAAGUCUUGACGAGCAAGAUAGUCGAGACGCAACGUGGGGGACGUAGAGGCUCAGUGUACGACGUACCACUCAAUCCUGCGCAGGCCAGUUCAGGUCGAGACGCACUCGCGAAAGCAAUCUAUAAUAAUCUCUUUGAGUGGAUCGUGUCCAGAGUCAAUGUUUCGAUGAAACCACGCUCAGCAACAUCACAAGUCAUUGGCAUUCUGGACAUCUUUGGGUUCGAGAUCUUUGAGGACAAUUCCUUCGAGCAGCUCUGCAUCAACUACGUCAACGAGAAACUACAGCAGAUCUUCAUUGAAUUAACGUUAAAGACCGAGCAAGAGGAAUAUGUUCGCGAGCAAAUAAAAUGGACGCCUAUCAAGUAUUUCAACAACAAAAUUGUGUGCGACCUCAUUGAAGAACGUCGUCCCCCCGGCAUUUUUGCUGCUCUUAACGAUGCCUGUGCUACUGCCCACGCGGACCCUGCUGCUGCGGACAACAGUUUCGUACAGCGAACUUCCAUUCUGUCGUCGAAUCCUCACUUUGAAGCACGAGGAGCGCAAUUUUUGGUCCGCCACUACGCUGGCGAUGUCAUGUACAAUGUGUCUGGUAUGACAGACAAGAACAAGGAUUCUCUCGUCAAGGACUUGCUCGAUAUGGUUGCUUCUAGCACCAAUCAGUUCCUGCAGACGCUGUUCCCGGAUCACCCCGACCCAAACAGCAAGAAACGGCCUCCAACAGCUGGAGACAGGAUCAAAGCUUCCGCCGGUGCACUCGUCGACAAUCUGAUGAAAGCGAAACCAUCUUAUAUUCGAACCAUCAAGCCCAAUCAGAAUCGUAGCUCUUCUGAAUAUGACGUCAAGGCUAUCUUGCACCAGAUCAAGUAUCUUGGCUUGCAAGAAAAUAUUCGUGUACGUCGGGCCGGGUUUGCGUAUCGUAACACAUUUGAAAAAAUGGUUGAACGAUUCUAUCUGCUCUCCCCCAAUACUUCAUACGCUGGCGAGUAUACAUGGCAAGGCGACUCGAAGUCUGGUUGUGAGCAGAUUUUGAAGGAUACCGGAAUAGCAAUGGAUGAAUGGCAAAUGGGCGUGACGAAAGCUUUCAUCAAAAAUCCUGAAACUCUCUUCGCACUCGAGACAAUGCGUGAUAAGUACUGGCACAACAUGGCAGGUCGUAUUCAGCGUGCUUUCAGGAACUACAUGCGCUAUAAGCAUGAAUGUGCACGACGUAUACAACGUUUCUGGAAGAACAACAAGGAGGGUCUUGUUUAUGCUCAAAUUCGGGAUUAUGGCCAUCAAAUUCUUGGCGGAAGGAAGGAGCGAAGGCGGUUUAGUCUGUUGUCCUAUCGGCGUUUCAUGGGUGAUUACCUUGACAUCAAUCGCAAAAGUUCUCUUGGAGGAGAGAUCGCAGCUUCUUGUAACAUCGGCAGCGUACUGACAUGCUUUCAAGACGAAGAAGUUACCUUCAGCGGAAAAAUACAUAUACUUCUCUCGAAGCUUGGCAGAUCGAGUAAACUAAGUCCUCGCUUCAUCGUCGUGACUCAGAAAGCUGUCUACAUUGUUGUCGUUCAAAGUAAAGAAGGUACUGUGCAGCAAAUCUUGGAGCGAAAGAUUCCACUGGUAACUAUCAAGAGCAUUGCAAUGUCCAAUCUUAGAGAUGACUGGAUGGGCUUGAACGUGAAUGCUUCAGAAGAGGGCGACCCAGUUUUUAGUUGUUACUUCAAAACGGAGCUCGCAACUAAUCUAAUGCAAUUGACACAUGGCAGUAUUACUUUAAACAUUGGAUCAACAAUUGAUUAUGCUAAGAAAAAGGAUAAACGAGCACAGAUUACUAUGGUUCGAGACGAGACCAUCAAGAAAGACGAUGUGUACAAAAGCCAUACUGUACGCGUACCCUCAGGCGCACCUGCGGGCAGUCUGUCGCGACCUCCAGCCAAGCGAAAGGCAGGAAUCGUUCGGCCCAUCACUCAGGGUAAGCUUUUAAAGGCAGGAGGGCCAUCCAAACCUAGCGGUUCUAGACCGAAACCUACUAUUCGCGCUUUACCCGGCAAGACAGGUACUGCUGCUGCCUCCGUUAAUACAUCCACACCAACGCCCAAACCAAAGCCAAAGCCAGCGCCCGCCGCUGUGGUGCCGUCGAAUGUCUCAGUGCCACCUCCCGCACCUCGUAAUGUUGCCCCUCCUCCACCACCGCCACCGCCUCCACCAGCUGUCCCGGCUGUGCCCAGGUACCGUGCUAAAUUUGCAUUCGAUGGACAAGAGGGUGAAAUGUCACUGAAGAAAGACGAUCUCGUCGAACUAGUCGAGAAGGACGAUAACGGAUGGUGGCUAGUGAAGAAAGAUGGUGUUGAAGGUUGGGCGCCAUACAAUUACCUUGAAUUAGAACCACCCAAAGCUGCGCCUGCGCCACCACCGCCGCCACGAGCUCGAGCCCCACCCUCCGCUCCUGCUGCAAAGCAAGCACCUGUUUCAACAGUCAAGGCCCCGUUACAUUCAGUAACAGCCAAACCUGUUUCUGUCUUUCCCGGAAUGGCUACUGCGAAUGGGUCGGCCGCUCCGUGGAAGAAACAAGUAUCGACUUCAGCCACGACACCAGAUGACUCUCCUGGGAGCUCUCGGCCGUCAAGUGUUUUAGCUGGCAGAGCUCCGCCGCCUGUUGCUGCGAAACCCAAACCUCCCGUCGUAGCAACAAAGCCUGCUCCGAGAAUACCCGGAAAACCACCAAUCCCGACAGCUUCCAGACCUAACGUUGGUGCCCCUCCUCCUGUACGUUCGGGUGGUCUAGUCGCGGCUCCAGCAGGCCAACUGGAUCUAGCGGCGGCUCUGGCUAAGCGAGCUCAGAGGAUGGCGGAGGACUGA